AUGGUCGAAAACCAUGAAGUUGAACUUUCGGAAGCCGAGGCGGAACAGUAUGACCGUCAAAUUCGCCUGUGGGGCUUAGAAUCACAAAAAAGAUUACGUGCUUCAAAGAUUUUGAUCAUCGGCCUUUCCGGUCUUGGUGCGGAAACAGCUAAAAACAUAAUAUUGUCUGGAGUAAAGAGUGUGUGCUUGUUAGACAAUGAGAAACUCAAGGAAAUCGAUUUAUACUCUCAGUUUUUGGCGCCUUCUGACAAAAUUGGCGAAAAUAGGGCAGAAGCUUCCUUGCAAAGAGCAAAAGCGUUAAACCCGAUGGUGGACAUUACUACAGAAACUAAGGCUAUUGACGAUCUCCCAGAUAGCUUUUUCACUAAUUUCGACAUUGUUUGCGCAACCGGUUUGAAGCAAGAACAGUUAGAGCGUAUUAACAAUAUAUGCCGCGACAACAACAAAAAAUUUCUUUGCGGUGACGUAUGGGGAAUGUUUGGCUAUAUGUUCGCCGACUUAGUUGAUCACGAGUACUCUGAAGAGAUCGUGCAGCACAAGGCUGUGAAACGCGGACCUGAUGAUACAGAGAAGAAUGCAAGGGAAACUGUCAGUAUAACCGUGAAGCGACGUGCGAUAUACGUGCCGUUGCAAAACGCACUAUCAGCAGAUUGGACGAAGCCUGAAUUGCGUUCCAGAUUGCGUCGCGGUGACCCCUCCUACUUCGUAAUGAAGAUACUGCUACGUUUUAGAGAUGAAUACAACCGAAACCCAGAUCCGGCUAAAAGAAAGGCAGACACGGAAAUACUUUUGCGUAUGCGUGACGAGUUGGUCAAAGAGCUUUCACUGCCAGUAGGCUAUAUCAGUGAUGCAUUGCUGACAGAUGUAUUUGGAAUUGUAUCAGGAGCAGCAGCUGUUGUCGGUGGUGUAAUAGGCCAAGAGGUUGUUAAAGCCAUGAGCCAACGAGAACCACCUCACAAUAACAUGUUCUUCUUCAACCCUGUGAAAUGUGUCGGCUUUGUAGAACUUUAUGGUCAG